AGGGCUAAAUUGUCUUCUUUAAAUCGACCAAACAAAUUGCAAAGUUUUGCUUUUUAACCGAGAGCAAAGGCUGCGUUCAAAGUCCGGAAAAAAAAAACAAAAAGUAGCACAACCGGACCCUAUAACUCGAAUCGCCGUUGAUUCAGGUAUUAUUACCCAUAAUAUUGUUUCAGUCAUGAUUUAAAAAAAAAGUAAUAUAUAUAUAUAUAUAUAUAUAUAUGUGUGUGUGUGUGUGUAUUGGACACGUCAGUCAUGAAUGUCGAAGCAGCAAAUUAUAAUCGCACCAUAUGACUGCAGUUUUAACAUUCCUGCUUACAAACGGUCAUUAUUAUUAUUAUUAUUAUUUUGAUUAUUCGUGAAUAGACGCAUUUCAACAUAUUUCAACCAUCCGAUUUUUAAAUGUUGCUGAAUGUUCUCGGACAUUUAAUUAUUCCAAAUGUUGUGCUUUGAAAGAGAUAUUUUUAGUUCAACAAUAUCUAAAAUAAAUAAAAAUAAGUCUCGAGUCAUUGAAUAAAGCGGUUGUGUAUUCAUAAUUGCCGACAAUAGUGAUUAUUCUGAUUGACACCUUUUUCAUUGUAAUUAUUUUUGUGUAAAUUUGAUGAUGAUCUGUUACCCCAAAUUCCAGAACAGUACUUUUGAUAUGGAAGGAAUAAACAUUUAAGAAUUUAAGCGCGUCUUGAUACAUACCGAAAGCUUUUGAAGGUUUGGAGUGGACAAACGUAACAUCCAUCCAUCCAUCCAUUCAUUUUCCGUAAAGCUUCUCCUCAGUAGGGUCGCGGGCGUGCUGGAGCCUAUCCCAGCUAUCUUCGGGCGAGAGGCGGGGUACACCCUGAACCGGUCGCCAGCCAAUCGCAGGGCACAUACAAACAAACAACCAUUCGCACUCACAUUCACACCUAGGAGUAAUUUCAAGUCUUCAAUUAACCUACCGUGCAUGUUUUGGGGACGCGGGAGAAAACCGGAGUGCCCGGAGAAAAACCACGCAGGCACGGGGAGAACAUGCGGGUUCAAUCCCCGGCCACAGGCCACAUGCUUGUUACCCGAAGUGGAUGCAAUUAUCAGUUGGGAGGUUAGUUUAAAAGUUAGAACAUUCAUGUGGCUUUAAAGCUAUAAUCCACAACUAUUUUUUGUAAAAAAAAAAGUAUUUUUAACCCAAGCAACUCCAAGAAGCCUAUCAGCUUCUGAUACAUUGUAUUUCAGUAUCAAUUUUUUGUAUAUAUUUGGUGACUAUCCUAUACCUUCCCGCGUGGGAUUACUUGGUAGCCUUCUAAAAUGACGUAGCGGAAAUUGCAUAUUUUACCUACGAGCGGGCAUGCUGAUAUAUGAACAGCGCACAGGUCGACUGAGCCAUAGCGAAAGGAGAAAGCUUGCCGGGGUUUGGAGGAGGAGGAGGAAGAGGAGGCCGGACAACCAUUUAGCCUCCAUCGUUUCGACGCGACAAAGGCAGGAUGUGGUAAUGCUGAAUUCCAGAGUUAGGAGGCGCCAGAAAUCGAGGAUUAUAGCUUUAGAUUUAUUUUUCGCGUGGGAUUCGGAAAUUCCUGUUUUCCACUGUAAGGGGAUUGGUGUAAUAAUAAUGCCUUCGACUUACAGUGGGGCAAAAAAAGUAUUUAGUCAGCCACCAAUUGUGCAAGUUCUCCCACUUGACAAGAUAAAAGUGGCCUGUAAUUUUCUCACCUAUGAGAGACAAAAUUUGAUUUUUAAAGAAUUUAUUAGCAAAUUAUGGUGGAAAAUAAGUAUUUGGUCAAAAACAAAAGUUCAUCUCAAUACUUCGCUUUAUACCCUUUGUUAGCAAUGACAGAGGUCAAACGUUCAGUGUAAGUCUUCACAAGGUUUUCACACACUGUGGCUGGUAUUUUGGCCAAUUCCUCCAUGCAAAUCUCCUCGAGAGCAAUGAUGUUUUGGGGCUGUCGCUGGGCAACACAGACUUUCAACUCCCUCCAAAGAUUUUCCAUGGGGUUAAGAUCUGGAGACUGGCUAGGCCACUCCAGGACCUUGAAAUGCUUCUUACGAAGCCACUCAUCCGUUGCCCGGGCGGUGUGUUUGGAAUCAUUGUCAUGCUGAAAGACCCAGCCACGUUUCAUCUUCAAUGCCACUUGCUGAUGGAAGGAGGUUUUCACUCAAAAUCUCACGAUACAUGGCCCCAUUCAUUCUUUCCUUUACACGGAUCAGUCGUCCUGGUCCCUUUGCAGAAAAACAGCCCCAAAGCAUGAUAUUUCCACCCCCAUGCUUCACAGUAGGUAUGGUGUUCUUUGGAUGCAACUCAGCAUUCUUUCUCCUCCAAACACAAGUUGAGUUUUUACCAAAAGGUUCUAUUUUGGUUUCAUCUGACCAUAUGAAAUUCUCCCAAUCCUCUUCUGGAUGAUCCAAAUGCUCUCCAGAAAACUUCAGAUGGGCCUGGACAUGUACUGGCUUAAGCAGGGUGACACAUCUGGCACUGCAGGAUUUGAGUCCCUGGCGACAUAUUGUGUUACUGAUGGUAGCCUUUGUUACUUUGGUCCCAGCUCUCUGCAGGUCAUUCACUAGGUCCCCCCCGUGUGUUUCUGGGAUUUUUGCUCACCAUUCUUGUGAUCAUUUUGACCCCACGGGGUGAGAUUUUGCUUGGAGCCCCAGAUCGAGGGAGAUUAUCAGUGGUCUUGUAUUUCUUCCAUUUUCUAAUAAUUGCUCCCGUAGUUGAUUUCUUCACACCAAGCUGCUUACCUAUUGCAGAUUGAGUCUUCCCAGCCUGGUGCAGGUCUACAAUUUUGUUUCUGGUGUCCUUUGACAGCUCUUUGGUCUUGGCCAUAGUGGAGUUUGGAGUGUGACUGUUUGAGGUUGUGGACAGGUGUCUUUUAUACUGAUAACGAGUUCAAACAGGUGCCCUUAAUACAGGGAAUGAGUGGAGGACAGAGGAGCCUCUUAAAGAAGAAGUUACAGGUCUGUGAGAGACAGAAACCCUAACCCUAUUUCAUUGAACUGUCUGUAUCAAUUAUUUGAUUGAAUCGUACACUAAAAUACAUUUUAAAUUAAACAAUGUUGCUUGAAACUACAAAUAUUAUUUUGAUUAAAAUGUAAUUAAUCAAGAUUAAGAACUUGCAAAGCCUCUAAUUAAAUAGAUUAUUUUUUAAUCGAGUCCCUCCCCUAAUAAAACACAAGGAAUACAAUGUACAUAGUGUACGGUACUACUGUGCAUUACUGUAUGUUUAAGAGUAUAUGAAGUGUUUAUGUUAUAGGGUAAUAAAAGUGUGGGGAAGAUUAAUGAGAGUCUGGGGAGGUUCAUACAGCUUUAAAAUAUGUAUAAAUAAUUCAAAAUGUAUAUUAAUAAUUUAAAAAAAAAUGUGGUCCCUACUUUGCAGAUUUCGCAAUUUGCGGGGGUGAGCCAGAACCUAACCCUCGCGAUAAACAAGGGAUUACUGUGCUGAAUAAAUGCUGAAACAGCUUGCCAUCGAGGCAGCCAUAUUGUUUAUUUACUUUUUGUUGUUGUUGAUAUAGUUAGUGACCUACUACCUUUGCUGAAGGAUGUCUACGCGGGGAAAGAAUACCCAUCUGAUCGGUGGAUCAACUCUGGAGAGCAUUGAUGUCAUACGGAACCACUCCAAGCUCUUCAGAGGAGAAUGCACGAGGCUGAUCGAGGAUUUCAGCAAAUCUUGCCAGCGCCUGGAGGACGAUGACAGCGAGAGGCUGGAUCAUCGUGUCCGAGACAUUCAUUUUGUGAAGGAGGAGCUUGACCUGAAGUUGGAGGAGAACAUUUUGGAGAUAGAGCAGCUUAUUGCACUGCAGAACAGAGUGAUGAAAGCCAUUGAGUCCUGCGAGGAGCCUCUCAGAGUCACUCUUCUCUGUAUAGAUGAGCGAAAUAAACCCCUUGAGAAGGUGGAUGAUGAAGUGGGCAGGGAGCUGCUGAAGGAGGCUGACCUCACCAAAGGAGUUAUGGCCCUCAUGCAGCGUGUCGUGAAGCAGAUCGCUGAGCAAAUACGAUUGAACCAAUCAGCUAAAUUCCAACUUGAAUGGGAUCUCAAGGAAAAAUAUGAGGCGCAACAGUUAGAUACUUCUUGUGCCUUAAUGACCCCACAUUCCCUCAUCGACACACAGCAAACUUCAAAUGGCAAGACAGGUCCCCCUAGUUUAUCUGUGACACCCGCACAGUGGGGGAACCACUCUGAUUUCAACAUCGCUAAAGCGGAGCACGAGAAGAGAAACUCUGUGUCCCUGAGGGCCCUGGUAGAGUCUCUGCUGGCGCAGACUGCCGUUGAUAUGCAAAAACAGUUCGAGGCGACAUCAGCAGCCUUUCAGUUCAAUAUCAAGCAGCUUAAGACUGUCAAAAGCCAGAUGGAGGAACAACUCUCCAAGGUCUUGUCCGAAUUUGCCAGCCAACAGAGAAACCGAGACGAUCUCCUGGUGGCUGUCGCGGAGAAUGAGCAUUUCCUGAGUUUGGCUCAGGCGAGGCUGGAUUUGCGUCAGCAGCGGCCCCGUAAAGAGCAAUGCCACGAUCCAGCGCAAUCACAGCUCCUCGCAGAAGUCGACCAGCUUACUUGUCAAAUCGCCAAGUUGCAUGAGACAGUCGAGCAGUCAGAAGAGCAGCAGAGGGCGCUGGUUCGCUGCCAGCUGGAGCUGCAACAUAACAUUGAGGUCAAGGCCAGACUCCUCUACGUUGACGAGGUCAUCUGCGGCCAACUCAGGAAGCCUAUUGUCAUACAUAACUUCUGAACAGGCAAUCUCCUCUCGACACGUGUUAUUCAACUUAUUUAUGAAUGAAUGAAGUUCUAAAAUGUGGUCCAUCAAAACAUUUUCAACAAGUCAUUUCUAUAACUAAAUAAUCAAUUCACUACCAACCCUCCCAGUUAACAUGGACAUUUGGAUUCUGUCAAUGGUAAUGAAUGAGAUAAUGCUUCGUCUUGUGAAACACUAGCUUGAUACCGCUUUAUAAUAAGGGUCCCUUAUGAAGGGUUCAUAAAUGGUCUAGUAAGUGUUUAUUAAUACAUUUCUUAGCAUGUAAGACUUAACCUGCUACAACUAAAAGCAUCAAGACUCACCUAGUGCUUGGCAAAUAUUUUUGCCCACUUUUUGCGCUCAUAAGAUCAGAAGAGUUUGAUCUUUAAAAAAAAUUAAUCUGCACAUAUUGAAAUACCAUUUUUAAUUGCUAAUUAAUGAUUAAUAAGUAUUUUGAAGACUGUCAGUAUUGGUCCAUUUGCAAACUAUAAACCCUUUGUAACUUAUUGUAAAGCGUCACCGCUAACCUUCCUUAGUUUUUCUGUAAUACUAGUUAUCAGUUUUUUAAAAAAAUCUCACAUUUUUAACUUUUUCACCUUUUAAGUUGCGUCAACUUUUGGGAAAAACUUAACUUGAUUGGUAACGCCAGUGAACUAACGAACUAUUCGAGAAUUCAUAGCCUAGAGAUUCACUUACCAUAUUUUCUCGUGUAUAAUGCGCAUUUUUUACCCCAAAAAAUUGUCAAAAGUCAAUAGUAGGUAGUAUUCAUAGUUAUAGGAGAAAAUGAAAAAGACUUGUUUAUAAAUGUAUGCCGCCAUCUAGAGGUUAUGAAAAAGCUGCACACUUUCAUUCCACUAUGCUACCGCCCCCUAGAGGUUAUGAAAAAGUUGUACACUUUUAUUCUAGUAUGCCACCUAGAGGUUAUGAAAAAGGUGUAGACUACUUUCACUCCAAUAUGACGGGUGCAUAUGACUGCAUCUAUGUACAAUUGUGCUCAUAAAUUUACAUACGCAGGCAGAAUUUGUAAAUUAAAAACAUAUAUAUAUAUUUUUAAAUACGACUGAUGACUGAACAACAACCAUGAUUAAUUUAUUUAUGAUUGUUUUGUUUAAUGAUAAUGCUUUUCUGAAAUGCGUGACAGUUGAAUUUCAAUAAAAUAAAAUUAAAUGUGUUUCGCCUGGUCCUUCAUGUUUUCUUAAAAGAGUUGUUUACAUCUUACAAAUUUGGCCUGGGUUAUCAAACAUAUGAGCACAACUGUGUUUUCUCAUUUACUAAAUAAAAGGAGGGCUGUGAAUUUCAAAAUAAGAGCAAGUAAAUAAAAAGAAAGUAUGUGUUCAAAUAAAGUGCUAAACUUCACAAUAAUGUUUUGAAAAAACAAAAUAGAUAGAUUUUCGUUUUUAUCAUAUAAGUAGAAGCAAAAUUAGGUGUGGUAAAAAUGCAUUAUACAUGGGUUGAAGGGGUUUCCAGAAUUUUGAGGUCAAUUUUGGGGGUGCGCAUUAUACACGAGAAAUUACAGUACUUUUUGCUCCCGUCCUGUGAAUGUUUACAUGUUAUUUUUUAUAACGAUAUGAGAACAUAGAAUUGUUGUGUGGUAUAAGUUUGUGUGGCCUAUUUUUUUAUUCUUCUCUUAUACUAUUUUAUGACCAAUUUAUGCAGACAUUUGAGAAAUUCCAACGGGUCGGCAUCGUUUUUCCUCCCACUUCAGGUGUCUGCUUUAGUUAGUUCGUACCUUUAAUUUCACUUGAAGUGAGGGAACGUAAAUCAACUGCUGCAUUGACUGCAAUCAUAAUUUUUGCUCAUUUCUACACCACAACACAAAUUCGAGCUUUUUAUUUAUUUUUAUUUUUUAAACAUGCUUUAAUUCAGUCAGAUGAGGAGUCAGAGUCUGAGCUGCUUUCUGUUGCAGCAGUCUUUGCAGGAGUACCAGUUUUUGCAGGAGUUGCGGUUAUUGCUAGAGCAACAGCGGCCAAUGCAACACGUGUGACAAGUUUAGUUAUAAAUGCCUUGGUUAGUGCAGGUUUUUCAUCGCUAGAUGAAGAGUCUGAAUCUGAACUGCUUUUUCUUGCCGUCGCACCAAACUUUGUGGCAGGAGUUGCAGGCUUCGAAGCUGGGGUGGCUGUUUUACCCAUUGCUGGCUUUGCUUUCACCAGUUCAUCAUCAGAUGAGGAGUCUGAGCUGCUUUCUGCUGCAGCAGUCUUUGCAGGAGUUACGGUUUUUGCUAGAGCAAAAGCGGCCAAUGCAACAGGUGUGGCAAGUUUAGUUGUAAAUGCCUUGGUUAGUGCAGGUUCUUCAUCGCCAGAUGAAGAGUCUGAAUCUGAACUGCUUUUUCCUGCCUUCGCAGCAAAUUUUAUGGCGGGAGUUGCAGGCUUAGAAGCUGGGGUGGUUGGUUUACCCAUUGCAGGCUUUGCUUUCACUGGUUCGUCGUCAGAUGAGGAGUCAGAGUUGGAGCUGCUGUCUGUAGCAGUGGUGGCAGCGACCUUAGCAACAAGAAUUGCAGCCUUUGCUGCAACUGGCUUGGCGUAAGCUGGUGCUUGUGAAGCAGCAGAUGGCGUUGAUGGUGCAGCAGCUUUGGUAGCAGGCUUUGCCGGAGUUUCAUCUUCUGAGCUGCUGUCUGAAUGUAUGACAAACUAUUAUUAAAAACAAUGUACUGUAUUGUACAUGAACAGUUGUGAAAAAAUACUCUUGUCUUCCUGACAGGUCAGCUCCACUACCAGGCCAAAAGUGUAAAGUAAGAAAGCUAAAUUUGAUGCCACUUGCCUGAGCUUGAGGAGUCUUGAGUUGCCACUUGAGCUGGUGUGACCUCAGCUGCAGGCUUUUUAGCCUUCUCUUCAUCUGAGCUUGAAUCUGAGAGGACUAGUUUAGUGUUGAACAACACAAGGAACAGGAUUUAGCCAAUGAGAGACAAGUUGCAAUAUUUGCUACCUGAGCUCUCAGGACUGGACUCCUUUGCGGCAGACUUCUUCAAACCAACUGGUGCAGUUGGAGCCGGAGCUCUCUGUCUCGAAGCAGGAGGCGGGACUGCCCUGUAUGCUGCUGCUGAGAUAAAAGUUAAAUGAUCGAGCCAACUACACAUACACAGGUCCAAAAGCAUAACGGCAAGAACCAAGUUAGUGAGAUCUCAGUGUGAAUUGAAAAAGAAACUGUCACCACCAUAAAACCUUUUGGCAAUUGCUCAGAAAACUACCGCUAUUAUUCCGUCUCUCUAUCUAUCACACAAUAAAUCAUAUAAUAAAAUGCCAAUAGUCCACACAACAAACAAGGAAUCAAUAGUUACCACAUACCUGUGGAAUUUCCAGUCUUCUGCACUUUAUUGCUAAUCAUAUCAGCAGUCUUCAGUCUUUUCUGUCUGGAUGUUUACAGUAUUUGUAAGAAUCGUUAGCUCUUUCAUCCUUUUCCCAACAUGUCUUUUAGCUUUAUAUACUUUGCCUAACAUGUCAUAUUAAUAAAAGUAUUUGUGACAUCAUAAA